CUGGGAGCGGCUUUGCUGCCUGCGCUGCGCCAGGCAGGGCGGGACGGGAGAGCGGCCGUCGGGACCGGAGCUCGGAGAGGAGAGGGGACGUGAGAGGGUCUGGGAUCCGGGGUCCAGGAUCUAGGAUCCAGGCAGGUUCGCAGGCGCUGCCGAGAAUGGACAUCAGGCCGAACCACACCAUCUACAUCAACAACAUCAAUGACAAGAUCAAGAAGGAAGAGCUGAAGAGGUCCCUGUACGCGUUAUUCUCACAGUUUGGUCAUGUGGUCGACAUUGUGGCUUUAAAGACCAUGAAGAUGAGAGGACAGGCAUUUGUUAUAUUUAAAGAACUUGGAUCAUCUACCAAUGCUUUGAGACAGCUGCAAGGGUUUCCAUUUUAUGGGAAACCAAUGCGUAUUCAAUAUGCAAAAACAGACUCUGAUAUCAUCUCUAAAAUGCGUGGGACUUUUGCUGAUAAGGAAAAAAGAAAGGAAAAGAAGAAAGCCAAAACUCUGGAGCAGUCAGCAAACACACCAAAUAAAAAGGUUAUUCAGGGAGCAACACAGAAUUCAGCCAAUGCCCCAGGGACUACACCACAUAAUCAGGUGCCUGAUAACCCACCAAACUAUAUCCUUUUCCUUAAUAAUUUACCUGAGGAAACAAAUGAGAUGAUGCUGUCCAUGCUAUUUAAUCAGUUUCCUGGAUUCAAAGAAGUGCGCUUGGUGCCAGGGCGCCAUGACAUUGCAUUCGUGGAGUUUGAAAAUGAGAAUCAAGCAGGGGCUGCUCGAGAUGCUCUCCAAGGAUUCAAGAUCACUCCAUCUCAUGCCAUGAAAAUCACUUAUGCGAAGAAAUAAUUAUAUGCUUCUAUGAAGGACUUCUGUGGAUAGGUGUUUGGUUUUUUUUAACACUGAUACUCUGGCCAGCUAGCAUGUUUGCUGUUCUCUGCAGAAAAUAUAAGACUGGGCUAGAAUUACUGCAGUGACUAGGGCACAUGCAGGUUUUCCACAGAUCACCUGCAUAGUAAAUUUUUCUGUUGAAAUACUGAUUUUUAUAAAAUAAAAUAUAAAUGUGCUGUUUUCAAGCUACGUUUUAUCCUCAAGUCUGUCUCAUUAUUGAUUAACCUUGCAGGGCUUAUUCAGUUGAAGAACUUUUAAGGUGAUCCUUAUUUCUCAGAAGUGAGUGCUAAAAAUAGCUGUCUUUACAGAGCAAAAAGUAUGAUGAGGAAUGCUGAAUGCCAGCAUAUUCAGAAUAAAUACAGCAUUCAACCUCAUUAUCAAGGAGACAGCUGUUUUUCACUUAGGAAAUACAGCUUAUCAUUAGUGGUUUUUUUUCCCAGGUAUAGUUGGAAAUUGAUUACAGUUUGGCAGUAAUGUGAUUCGACUUGGUUUUGUUUUGGUGGCUGGCAGGAGAAGCAAGUUCCAGAGGAAAUAUAAACGUUUCCGGGUUUUAGCCAGGCUUUUCCAAAAUACAUGUCCUAAUGCUUCUGGGUUUCUCAGGUUUGAUAUACUCUAUUUUUUCUCAUUUGUUAAAAACCUUAUAGUUUUGUGUGACAUGAAAUACACUGGAUGCAGUGAACUAAUCAGAUGUAGUAUUCUGAGUUGUAACUGUUGGGAAAAAAAAUCACUUUAAAAAGUUGUAGCAUUUUAUAGCUGCAACAUAAGACACUUUUUUUUGCACAAAGACCUGGAAAAUUGGGAGCUUCACCUGCUCCCAGAGUUUGAAAAUUAAGCCUCUUUCACAGUCAUCUCAAUUAUCGUCCUAUCUCCAUUUAUAUAUUUUUUCAUUCCUUUUGGUGAUUUCAUGUAUGUGCAUUUUCAUAAGUAUUCAAUACUUGCAAAUGAAAAUUAUUUCAAUGUGCCCAUAAGAGAAAAAAAUUAUAGUUAUUCAAUCAUAACCUUGGAUUUUUCCUCCUGCAGUCAUAAAUUUAUAGAUAGUAAUUAUACUGUCAUUUCAUCCCACUAGUUUGUGUGGCACAUGACUAGCAUUGCUUUUCACCUUUAUUCACUUAAAGGGUUUGAAACUGUCUGUGAAGGAAAUUGGACUCAGCCUAUGGGAGGUUGAAGGAAGGAGUAAUGGGCUGGAAGGCUAGAGGAGAAUAUGGUGAAGUCAACUGUGAUGGGAAGGUGAUGCUAGAAGUUGCGUGAUGCACUUUCUUUUAAAAGAGCGUGGGAUUUUUGAUGACAACUGGCAAAUUCUGUUGUUCUGUCUGGGAACUGAAAGCUGGUACAGCCAGCAGCUUUUCAGGCCUCCUCAUGAAUUGGGAAACACUGGAGUGCAAUUUGGAAAUUUCCAGACUUGCCCUUGGUUAUUUUUGAGUGCUAUUCCAGACCAACCUGCUUGUGCUUGGCUGCUGAUAGCUAUGUUGUUGUAAAGAGGACCUUUUAAGUCAGCCUGUGGCACUGUUUAGUGUCUUGGACCUGCAAAUCUUUAAGACAGUUCAGCUAGGUAAAGAAAAAUUAAAUAGUUGCUGUCCUGGCAUGACCUCUGUUUUACUCUGACUGCAUCUCCCUGUGCAAGGGAUCUUGCCUCUACAAGUAUGCAGUGCUUGAAUUCUUAGAUUUCAAAUUUUAAUUGCUGACUUGAAAAGCCUUUUUAAUGCUUUGCAGCUCCCUAAUAGUUUGUUUACAUUGCAUCCAUCUGCUAUUGUCCCAGUAGGCCUUUCUGUAAACAAGAACAGGGGAAUCUCUGCCACUGAGGGUUUUUGGUCCAGGGAAGAUUGUGCGUGUCAGUGAGCAGUUAUGAAAAUUAAGGACAGGAGGAUUAAGAAGGAUGUAAUUUCAUUUGCUUCUUACCAGGGUCUGACUUAAUUUUCAUUCUCAGGCUUUGCUUGAAGUGUGAUUAAGGCUAUGGACAACUCUAAGUGCGCUUAGUGUGUUUAAAUAAUACAAUUGCUGAUUAAUAUUAAGAAGGGGCAGCUGAUUUAUAUUUACUCAAAACUAAUGAAUGAAAAAGACUGGAGAAUUCUGGGCUGCAAGUAUAAGAGUUGAUUCUUAUGUAAAUGAACAAACUAGAAGUAGUUUGACACAUAUUGCUGUCAAGAAAUGUUUGCAAAUGCUGAACUAUUGUGGAGCUUAAAGCAGCAACUUAGUUUUAAAAGUAAAUGUUUAAACUGGUUAAGGAGACUUGAAAAGUUUUCAUAUUUCUCUUUUUUUUUUAAGAUGAAAUAUCUUCAAUAGCUAUAUGGUAAUUAUGAACUGAACCUUUACAGAAUGGCUGAACAGUUUAUUUCUGUGGCCAUUUAUGAAAAUGGUGGUGGAGAAAACUUUUAUCACAGGGGCCUUUAAAGCCUUAAAUUUAAGGGAAGCAAAUAUAAAGAUUAGCUAUGUUUACAAAAAAGAUCCAGAUAAACUAUAAGCAGUAUUCAUUUACUCAAAAAUGUAUGCCUAGAUCAGAACUUCUAUCAAUGAUUUGUUUCAUGUGCUAGCUGAUUGGAACCUAGGAAAUGUAAAACCAGAUUAAGAACACUACUGAUAACUCCUUUUGACUAGGUGAUAAACCAGCUGAAAGCAAGUGAGGAUUUUUUUAAGGUAUCUAAUUAUACACCUCCUUGCUUGAAGAUUUAUAGAAAGCAGUAUGAAGACCAUAUGGGGACAGUUGGCUAUUUCCCUAGCAGUUUAGUGUCAGAAAAACAUGUAUAUCGAGAAACCAAUAAGACUGUUCCUACCAGGGUAAAGAAUUUACAAAAGCCCAGCUGGCUUCAUAAUUAUGCUUGGCUGUGUAAUGCUAAUUUGCUGUAAAAUUAAAUCAUUUUUGUGGCAGUUGAUUGUAGCACAUCACAGAUGCUUAGGAAUCCAAUCUUUGGGCCUUUAUACAGGCAAAUAACCUCAAUAAACAGACAUUGUAAAUGUUGCAAUA